GGCGAGACUGUUAUCCAAGACGGGAAUCGGCGAUGUUUCCCGUCGAUGCCGAAGCAGGAGCGGCACGAGAAAGGCAGGGCAGCGGAGGUGGCCAGUUACUGAUGUCUUUCGCGGCACGACUUGUGAUCAACUGAGCUUGAAAGGCUGGACAUCAAUUUUCUGACUCUUGCUAUUCCUUGGCGUGCCAUGAAGCCGCAGCGCGCACCUUUGCCCAGCCUCUGACCCGGGAUCUGCUUCAGGGACAUUUUACAAGUAACAGUUCCACUGUGACCACAUGGGGGCGUAUCUAAGUUCGCCAGUGACUGUAAAGGCGUCUGAAGAGGAGGAAAACGAGAGCUACAAUUAUGGGGUCUGCGCCAUGCAAGGCUGGCGCACAGAGAUGGAGGAUGCACACAGCGUUGUGCUGGAGAUGGAGGGAGCGUCAAAGACCGGAUUCUUUGGGGUGUUUGAUGGGCAUGGCGGCAAGGAGGUCGCCAGAUUCACCGCCCUGUACCUAGCGCGUGAGCUGGCGGCGCUGGAGGAGUAUCGGUCAGGGGACAUGCAGGGGGCGUUAGGCCGCGCGUACCUGCGCAUGGACGAGCUGCUGGUCAUGGACGUGCACGAGGCCGAAUUGCGCAAGCUCGCCGGCGAGCCAGACCAGCCCUCCGCAGCACCCGGCAGAAGGCGGCCGAAGCGCGCACCUGCGAUGGUGCUGGACGAAGCCGAGCUGCCGGAGGUGCUGCGCGACGCGCUGCGCUCGGCCCGGGAGCGCGCGGCCGAGCGCCGAGCGCGCAAAGCCGCCGGUGCCGGAGCCGGCGCGGCCGGCACUGACGAGAGCGUCGACGAAGACGUGGAGGAGUUUGACGUGGCGGAUCUGAUCGCGGGGGAAUUUGGAGAAGACGAUGACGAGGAUGAUGAUGAGGAGGACCCUGAUUACAAGCCGGUGGUCGUGGAAGGGGACGAAGAAAUGGGACCCCGGGAGCUGGUGGACCUGGAGAUCGACUCGGAGGCCGACCAGGCCGGCGCGCCAAACCCCGGCCUGAGCGUGAAAACAGGCCCCAGCCGCAUUCCCCCGGCGGCGCACGGCGUGGAGGCGGACGCGAUGGAGGCAGAAGCCGCGGCUGCCGCGGAGACGUCGUCGGAGGAGACCGGCGAAGACAGCGGCGGCGUGAAGAAUGGCGGUAAGCGCAAGCGGCUCGAGGGCCGCCGCGGCGGCGGUCGCUCCCGGGGACCCGCCGCGCAGCACGAUGGCGUUCCCACAUAUAAAGGGGAGGAGAGCGGCAGCAGCGGGCCGGAGGGCUUAGCGGCGGCUGCGGCUGCGGCCGAAGAGGAGGAGGAGUCGGGGCUGAGCAGCAGCGACGACAGCGAUGAGGCCGAGGUGCAGGAGCCUGCGCGCCAGCAGCCCGGCUUCAGGGGGCCGUGCGCCGGCUGCACUGCGGUGGUUGCGCUGGUGCGUGGGCCUGAGCUGUGGGUGGCGAAUGCGGGCGACAGCCGCUGCGUCUGCAGCCGCCGCGGCCUGGCUCUGGCGCUCUCGCGCGACCACAAGCCCACCGAUGACGAGGAACUGCAGCGCAUCAGCCGGGCCGGGGGUUUCGUGGCGGAGGGGCGCAUAAAUGGCAGCCUGAACCUGUCGCGCGCGCUGGGCGACAUGGACUACAAGCAGAGCAAGGAUCUGGGCCCCGACGCGCAGAUGGUCACCGCCGUACCCGAAGUGCGCUCGCUGCGUCUGGAGCCCGGUGACGAAUUCCUCAUCCUCGCCUGCGACGGCAUCUGGGACAAUCAGGGCUCUGUGCAGCAGGCGCUGGCUUUCUCGAUCAUGGCGGUGGACUUUGUGCGAAAGCGGCUGGCGCAACGCAUGAGCCCGCGCGCGAUUUGUGAGGCCCUCUGCGACCACUGCCUCGCCCCCAACACUGCGGGGUGCGGCAAGGGCUGCGACAACAUGAGCGCUUUGGUGGUGGUGCUCAAGCAAUUCUCCCCAUUCGCCGCCGGCGACAGGGAGAUCGACCUUGCCUCACUGCCGCCACCGCCCGCGCCAGAAGAGCUCGACCCCAUGUUCUUGGAUCACUCGGAGCCGCAGUCCGACUGACCAGCAGAAUCCACGCCAGCAGUCAGCCAUUCGCAGGUCAGUAUGCGAACAGCUCUGUCGCCUUCUCCAAAUGGCAGCCUAGGAUGUGGUCAUGCAGCUUUUGAAGCUUGUGUGCAUCACAAUGUGCAGCGGAUGAGAAGGGUGGCAUGGUGGAGGCACGCAGGGGCAACAGCCGAGCUCUGAAGGGGCCAGCACCAGAUCAGAAGCGCAGCUACUCCCUUCGGCUCUUAGCUGCCCCAACAGCCUUGCGUUGUAAGAGCUUCAUGUCAAGGGACGUAGCUAGCAGCUUGGGCGGUCGCGAAUGCACAUUUGCUGGUCAGCCACAAAAGAAAUUGAAUCAGCGCCAAACCAGCCAAACGAGCCUUUAUCUCCAAACGAGGGGAAGGAUGAGCUUUGGGUGUCCCCCUCAGAGAUACCCCCCCCUGAGAGGCCAAGUAGGAAAUCAAAGAGGCCUGUGCCCAAGAGGAAGCUGCACCCCACGCUUCUUUCUGACAUAAUUUUGGGCCGUCCUUUCAAGUAUGCUGAGCCUGAUGCUGAUUCUAUGGCGCCCACCGGUGUCGCUGCUUCAGUAUUCUUCAAGCAGGCCAUAAGAGGCUGCGCUGUGCUCUGAAAAUGAGAAAGAUAUAAGGCCUAGGUAUGUCUUGUUAUGCGCGCAGCUCUGUAAUUGCGGGAAGAUUUGAGAUGCCUAGUGCGAGGGGAAUCCGUAAUAUGAUGAGGAGUGUUGUACACCAGUAUGCCCUUUGUCACCAUGCGCUAUAGAAAUUAUAUCACUUCUGCUUAGGGGUGUGAUGAGGGUGCUCCUGGGGUGUAUAUUAUGUGCAAGACAAAUGCCAUGGUGAUUGACCCCGCCCCUGCAGCUGCCUAUGCUGCGGGGAGCGCUUAUGUGUCAGACAUUUGUGCCUUUAGGUGUCAUUGGAGGUAUUUGGAUGCAUGCCUGUGUGUCCGACAUUUAUGAGCCCCUGUGCGCUGAGGCACCCCUGUAUUCAUCUUGAUUGCCCAUUCAUUUAUUGUAAUUCCUUGUUUACCUUGU